AAUAUACAGUUUUCUGUGUCACUACUUUUUAAUAAUUAUAUAAGAAGAAAUUGGAUGCAGAAAGAAAAUUCAAACUUAAUAUUAUUGAGGAUUUCCAAAAUAAGAAUAGCAAUUAAAGAAAAUUUAGUUAAUAUUUUGAUAUUUGUACUAUCAAAUAUACAACUUCAACUAAGUGAAGUUGUAUCUUUAUUAAUUGCUGAAAAUGAUUUUUCUGAUUAA